CCCCGUCGUCAUGGCGGCCGUCCGGAAGCCAGUCCUGCUCGGUCUCCCAGACGCAGCGGUGCAUGGCUGCCCCACAGGGCCAGGCGCCUGGACUGCCAGCAAGCUGGGCGGCCUUCCGGACGCCCUGCCCGCGGUAGCAGCGCCGAGGCCAGUGUGUGCACGUUGCAGGCAGCCGCUCGCCUUGGUCGUGCAGGUGUACUGCCCGCUGGAAGGCUCCUCGUUUCAUCGGCUACUGCACGUGUUCGCUUGCCCCAGCCCCGGGUGCGGCGGCGGCGGCGGGGCGCGCAGCUGGCAGGUGUUCCGCUCCCAGUUCCUGCAGAUGCGAGAGAAAGAAGUGCCGGACGCUCAGAAACAGGAAAAUGGCCUUGCAGCUGAGGAUUGGUGUGAAGGUGCGGAUGACUGGGGAAGUGACAAUGAGGAGGCGCCUUCACCACAGCUUACCUUGGAUUUUGGAAAUUAUUCUAACAGUGCCAAAGACAUAGACUGGACUGUCCAGCUCCAAGACCUCCACCUUCAGGAUACUUACCCGAAUGCUGCUCUUCCUGUGCCUCCUGGGGAAGGAAUGGCCUUGCCUCCUGUAGUGCCACAGUUCCUGCCCCACUACAUCUGUGUGGUAGAGGAGGAGGAUUACAGAGACGUUGUCAGUCUAGAUCAUGCUCAUAGCCUUCUCAGGGAAUAUCAACAACGAGAAGGAAUUGAUAUGGAACAAUUGCUUUCCCAAAGUCUUCCUAGUGAUGGUAAUGAAAAAUAUGAGAAGACCAUAAUUAAAAGUGGAGAUAAGAUAUUUUACAAAUUCAUGAAGAGAAUUUCUGCUUGUCAGGAGCAGAUAUUGAGGUAUUCCUGGAGUGGACAACCACUGUUUUUGACCUGCCCUACAUCAGAAGUCACUGAGCUCCCAGCCUGCAGCCACUGUGGAGCCCAAAGGACAUUUGAGUUCCAGCUUAUGCCAGCGCUGGUCAGCAUGCUAAGGAGUGCUGAUUUAGGUCUUUCUGUGGAAUUUGGAACAGUUCUAAUUUACACAUGUGAGAAGAGUUGCUGGCCUCAAAAUCAGCAGACUCCCAUGGAAGAAGUUUGUAUUGUACAAGAAGACCCAGAUGAAUUAUUAUUUAAGUAGAAUAUUUCCAUUUUUAAUUUAAAUUCAAAUAAAUUUUAAUGUCCAAA